AUGAGUCGCCCAGUAGCAGUACCAAGUUCAUCGCCAGUGAGGUGCAUCCAAGUCAUCGCCAGUGAGUCAUCUAAGUCAUCGCCAGUGACUCAUCAAGUCAUCGCCAUUCAACGGGUCGCCGGGGCUUCCAACGGGCUUCCAACGGCGCGGGGCUUCCAACGGGUCGCCGGGGGCUUCCAACGGGUCGCCGGGGCUUCCAACGGGUCGCCGGGCUUCCAACCGCCGGGGCCUUCCAACGGGUCCAACGGGUCGCCGGGGCUUCCAAGACUGUCCAACGGUCCGAUGGGGCUUCCAACGGCGUCGCCGGGGCUUUCCAACGGGUCGCCGGGGGGUCGCUUCCAAGGGGUCGCCGGGGCUUCCAACGGGUCGCCGGGGCUUCCAAACGGGUCGCCGGGGCUUCCAACGGGUCGCCGGGCUUCCCGGGCUUCCAACGGGUCGCCGGGGCUUCCAACGGGUCCGGGCUUCCAAGGGGUCGCGGGGGCUUCCAAGGGGUCGCCGGGGGCUUCCAAGGGUCGCCGGGCUUCCAAGGGCUUUCCAAGGGGUCGCCGGGGCUUUCCAAAGGGUUCUCGCCGGGGCUCCAACGGGUCGCCGGGGCUUCCACGGGGUCGCGGGGGCUUCCAACACGGGUUCCAACGGGUCACGGCGUCCGGGGCUUCCAACGGGUCGCCGGGGCUUCCAACGGGUCGCCCGGGCUUCCAACGGUCGCAACGGCGUCUUUCCAACGGGUCGCGGGGCUUCCAACGGGGGGGCUUCCAAGGGUCCGCCGGGGCUUCGGGUCCGCCGGGGCUUCCAACGGGUCGCCGGGGCUUCCAACGGCGUCGCCGGGGUCUCGCCGGGGCUUCCAUCGCCGGGGCUUCAACGGGUCGCGGGGAUUCAACGGGUCGCCGGGGCUUCCAACGGGUCGCGGGGCUUCCAACGGUCCGAUGGGGCUUCCCAAAAGGGUCGCCGGGCUUCCAACGGGGGCUUCCAACGGGUUCGACGGGCUUCCAACGGGUCGGCGGGCUUCCAAGGGGUCGCCGGGGCUUCCAAGGGGUCGGGGGCUUCAACGCGGUCGCCGGGGCUUCCAACGGGUCCGACGGGCUUCAACGGGUCGCCGGGGCUUCCAACGGGUCGCCGGGGGCUUCCAACGGUCCGACGGGUCCGGGGGGCUUCCCAACGGUCGCCGGGGCUCCAACGGGUCGCCGGGGGACUUCCACGGGUCGCCCAACGGGGGCUUCCAACGGGUCGCCGGGGCUUCCAAGGGGUCGCCGGGGCUUCCAGGGGUCGCCCGGGGCUUCCAAAGGGUCGCCGGGGCUUCCAAGGGGUCGCCGUGGGCCUUCCAACGGGUCGCGGGGGCUUCCAACGGGUCGCCGGGAGCUUUCCAAGGGGUCGCCGUGGGCUUCCAACGCGGUUCGCCGGGGCUUCCAAGGGGUCGCCGGGGCUUCCAAGGGGUCGCCGGGGCUUCCAAGGGUCGCCGGGGCUUCAAGGGUCGCCGGGCUUCCAAGGGGUCGCCGGGGGCUUCCAAGGGGUCGCCGGGGCCUUCCAAGGGGUUCGCGCGGGGCUUUCCAAGGGUCGCCGGGCUUUCAAGGGUCGCCGGGGGCUUCCAAGGGGUCGCCGGGGCUUCCAACCGGGUCGUCGGGCUUCCAAGGGUCGCCGGGGCUUCCAACGGUCCGCCGGGCUUCAACGGGUCCGACGGCUUACAGCGACCAGACAGCUCGUGACCCUUAUUGUGUUUUUGAAAGUUAA